AUGUCCAGCAAGAUGUCUCCCCGCGUUCCAAAGUCGGAACCCGAUCCAGUGACACCUCCUCCUACCAAAGCAGCUUCCUUCGUGUCAACUAACCUCUUCGUCGCACCAGCCGAGCUGACUGCCCCGAUGUCUGUCCCCCGCAGCCAGUCUGAUUUGAAUGGGCACCAAUCGCUUCCCGGUGAUACCCUUGACGAGCUUACUCUGUCCAUGAAGAAUCUAGUUAAGAAGAUUCAGGACCUCAGCCACUUGGGGAUUGAAGAUAGUAAGAUAACGCUGCCAAAGAUAUGCGUCGUCGGCGACCAGAGUACCGGGAAAAGCUCCCUGAUUGAGGGCAUCUCAGAGAUCAAGGUUCCAAGAUCUGAAGGCACUUGUACUCGGUGUCCUCUGGAAAUCAAUCUUACAGAGAGCGAUGAAGGAUGGAAAUGUGUUAUUCACCUUUCCCGCCGUUACAUCUUCGAUCCGAAGCGAGUUACAGCUCCCAAGAAGUCUCAGCCACUCGGGCCGUGGACAGCAUUUGGAGGUCAAGACGAUGAAUAUUUUGCGACCUUGAUGAAAAAGAUCGAAAUCAAGAAGGCAAUCUGGUGUGCUCAGUUGGCCAUUCUCAGCCCAACCGUCGAUUCCCAAGACUUUGUUCCUGAUAAAAUCACGGAUAUGUCGCAGAGGCCGCAAGUGAAGUUUUCUCCCAACGCAGUGCGCUUGGAUAUUUCGGGUCCGGGCCUUCCAAAUCUUUCAUUUUACGAUCUCCCGGGUGUGAUAAGUCAAGCUGAGCAGGACAACGAGGCCUACCUUGUCAAUCUGGUUGAGAACCUCGUCAAGGAUUAUGUCUCUCAGGAGCACUGCAUUGUACUCCUGACCUUGCCCAUGACAGACGAUGCAACGAAUUCUAGUGCUGCUCGACUUGUCCGCAAUAUCAAAGGAGCAAAGGAGCGUACCCUUGGAGUAUUGACCAAGCCCGAUCGUCGACCUACCGCUGAGGCCUUUGACCAGUGGCAUGAGAUCUUGGAAGGAAACAAGUUCAAACUUGGUCAUGGUUACUAUGUAAUUCGAAAUAAUCCUGACCCAAUUGUCAGUCAUGCGCAAGCUCGACAAGAGGAGGAGAGCUUCUUCGCCACGAAGUUCUGGCAAAUGGAUAUGAUUGCGUUCCAAGACCGCUUUGGGACCCGGAGGCUUCAGUCAGCACUGUCUGAGCUCCUUAUGCGGCAGAUCCUAGGCUCUUUGCCUCACAUAAUUUCUCAGGUUGAUGAAAAGUCAAAAACGAUUGACGAGGAACUUAAGACUUUGCCCAAUCCCCCUACGGAGGAUGUGCAGCGAAUUCUUUGGGGAAAGACUGCGGACUUAGAAAGAAGCAUUCAUGAACUGUUCGAUGGCAAUUCUAGCAUUGAACACGGUCCAUCUGGAAGGAAGCCACUGCAAGAGCAGUGGAAUCGCAUCGUCAUGGACCUCCAGACCGCACUUGCGAGGACCCGUCCUACCCUGGACGUCACUGCACAAAAGGAUAACGAGGACCUUGCUGAAGUCAUUGAUUCGGAUUGUGAAAUGGUUGUGGGCUUUAGCUCUACGCCUAAGAAACGAAAGGCCCCAGCGAGUACCAACUCUGCAGCGGAGCCAGCGACACCCAGGAAGACUCCUUACUCGACAUCUCAUUUUGAAGGUUCGAAAGCCGCCAAAUUUACUUUGGAACAACUUACAGAGUUGAAGAUCCGUUCGAACACAGUUGGAGUACCUAAUCAGCUCGACCCCAGGGCCAUUGAAAACCUCAACAAAGGGGUCGUCGCCCAUUGGGCAAAGCUUAUGGAGUCUUUUGUGAAAGCUACACAUCACCUGGUGCAGAGCAUGCUUCUUGGAGCUCUGGAGGAGGAAUUCUCCCAGUAUCAUCAGACGGGAUUGUACCAGAAGGUAAAUAAGAUCCUGAAGGACUACCUGGGUGUUGUCCGGAAUGAUCACUGGCAAAUGGUGCGGGACUACUGCAAGUCUGAGCACGAGGCUCCCUUCACGAUGGCCCAGGGACAGCAUCAAGCACUGAUGGAACAGACGUUGAGAAGCUUGAAGGACCGUCGCUUCUACGCACGGGCUAUCUGCUGGCUCAAAAUCCGGGGGCAUGAUAUUAGCGACGAAAGGAUCGCUGAGAAAGUCAGAAAGCUUCAACCGGAAGAGCUUGGACCAGACCGUUACUCUCAAGAGAUUGAGAUGAUGGCCAGUUCGUUGGCCUACUACGACAUUGCAUCUUCUCGUUUCCUGGAUGUGCUGUGUCAGUCUACGCACAUGAAGUUGUUCCGGAUUUGUCGAGCUAGUCUUGUCAACACUCUUCGCGAUGAUCUGGAAAUCUUCGGUGACAAUGGCCGUGCGCGCUGCCUUGAUCUGAUGACCGAGGAUCCAGAGCGCCAGCAACGGCGUGCUGUCUUGCUGAAAGAGCGAGAGAAGUUCUCGAAAGCACAGGAAUGGCUGGACUCUGUCCGAGAUGCGGACGUGGAGACUGAAGAGUGGAAUGGAACGGAUAUUAUGGACAUGAAGGUUGAUUGGUGA